AUGAAGAGUGAUUACAACAAUUUAAGUGAAAUUUCAAAGACUUUAUUUAAGCAAGCAUUUAAACAGUUACUAGAACCAUCUGAGGGUACAAUAGAGAUAUUACAUGAGAGCGGAUAUGAACCAGCACUCUAUACACAUCUUUAUGAAAGGUUUGACCUCUAUAAGUUAUUAACUAAAUUAAGAGAAUAUAAUUUUAAACAAUCAAUAGCACCCUAUGCAAGAAAGAUACUUAUAGAUGCAAUAGUAUUAUCUUAUGAAGAUAAAAUACAGCUAGACCUCUAUUCUAUUUUACAUAACAAAGAGAUAAUUGAAGAUUUGUGUUCUAAAAACAAGUAUUUAGCACUUAAUAUUAUUUAUAGAUGUUCUGAUAUUAAUUCAUUAACUGCUGCCAUUAAAGGAUUUAUUAAGUUAACAGAACAUAAUAAAGAAUUGGGAAGAAUUUUAUUUGGUAUUAAAAAUAAUACGAGAGUAGGUGUGAUAAAUUCUUAUAAAUUAUGGUUUUUACAGACUUUAAGAUAUAAUUAUGAUUUAAAAGAGAUACUUGUAAAUGAUGAUUCAGAAUCAACAUGCUUUUUUAGAGAAUUUCUUAGAUUAAAUUACAGUGUUAAAGAAGACAUUGAUAAAGCAAAUCAGUUAUUUCAAUUAAUUAAAAAAUUAAUUAACAUUCCUGUUUAUAAAGAGUGUUACAUGGAGAUGAUUUAUAACUACUGUGAUCAAGACAGGGCUAAAAUUAAGUAUAAAAUUCAAGAAAAUGCUGAUGAUAAUUUUGCUAACUUUUUCUAUUUUACUAUGAAGAAUUUAAUAGAACCACUUCUCUGUAAAUUUGAUUUAUUUGAGAGUAAGUUGAAAACAUCAAAAUUUGUUAAGUUUUUAUUUGUUAAUUAUUUAAGAGUAACUCAAACAAUUAAAAAAUUACCAGUCAAAGAAAUAGGUGGAUAUCUUCUAUUUAUACUUCAUUACUUUUCAACUGAUAAGUUGAUAUUCAAAGAAAUAAAGAAUCAAAUGAAUAAUAUUAAGAGACAGUAUAAAUUUUUAUAUGAAAAUGAAAAUAUUGAUUAUAAAAAUAUUACUAAUGUUAAUGAUUUAGUAAAAGACUUUAAUUUUAUUGAUACAACACUUAAGUAUCUAAUUGAAACUAAUCAGAUUUAUAGUAAAUAUACAGAUGUAUUCUUUCAUUUGUUAUUUGUUAAUAGAAAUUUAUGUGAUGAUAUAAUUUCUAUUUUAUAUAAGAAAAGUACCUAUAAAAGUGAGAAUAUAAUUAAAAGUGAUUGUAUAUUGAGAAGAAUAUUAGCUAUUUAUGGCUGUAAUGAUAAUAAGAAUAAUUAUAAGUGCAAGCAACAGAUAUUAGAAAUAUUAGCAGAAUAUGAUUUUUCAGUGGAUAUUGACAGUUUGAGAUUAGCUAAUACAGUUAUUUCAGAUUUAUCAACAUUUUUUCAAGGAUCAUUAGAUAAUAAAGAAACGUACAUAAAAAUGUAUAAAGAGGUUAUUGAAUUAGAAAAUAAGUUACAUAGUGAUAAAAACUUUGAAUUAUCAGAACCUGAGGAUGAUAGAGAUGAAGAUUAUAGAGACUUUUUUUACGGUCAAAUACCUUUCAUAUCCAAUUUAUCAGAUAAAAUCUAUGAAAGGGAGAUUAAUAGAAUAAAUGUAGAAGAUCGAGUAUUAAUAACUAAUUUAGUUUAUAUUUAUAAACACCAGAAUGAUAAAUAUUUUAUAGCUCAAGAAUUACACACUAAAAUAAGUAGUAUGAAGAGAUAUUUAAAGGAAAUGAAGGGUUAUUCAUUAGCAUUUAAAUUUCAAUUAAGACUUCUUAAUAUAAUAGUUGAUAAAAAUAGAAAAUUAUUCUUAAAUAGGAAUGUAUUUCAUACUUUAAGUAGAACAAUUGAUUUUAUGAUAAAAAAACAACAAAAGUUUAAUAAUCUUGGUGAUGUAAUGGAAUUUAAUCCAAAGUAUAAAGAAUUAAAAAUAUAUGAGCUAAAUAGAUUGAAAUUUGAAAAGUAUCCAAAUGAAAAACUUUUCCCAUCAACACUUAAUAUGAAAUUAAAAAUAGUAGAAUUAUUAAGAAAGUUUAAAUCAUUUGUUAAACACUUAGAUAUUAAGUAUGAUGAGUUAGAAGCGUUUUAUAGUGAUAUUAAAAGUAAGAGUGAUACAAUAACACAAAAUGAUAUGAAAGAAAUAUUAGAGUGUUUAAAGAAUCAUAAAGAAGUAGAUGAAGAUUAUUUAUUAGACUGUCCAGAAGAAUAUUUAGAUUUAGUAACAGGAAUGUUAAUGAGAGAUCCAGUGAUAUUGAAAACAUCAAGACAAAUAAUUGAUAAAUCAACCUUUAAUCAAAUAAUGUUACAUGACAGAAUCGACCCAUUCAAUAGAGAAGAGAUGAAUGAAGACAGUUUUAUAGAGAAUAAAGAAUUGAAGGAAGAAAUAGAAAAAUACUUGAAGAAUAAAACAAAUUGA